AUGGUUCGAUUUAUAGAAUUAACGUGGUUUUUGUUUGGUGUCUUUACAGGCGUCACUUUCUUCUUUCGUGUAUUCAUUUAUGUAUUCUCUACACUAAAUACAUGGAUCAACCGCACAGUGGAGACGAAAACUCUCCAACAUAAGAAGUUUAACACCCUGUCUAAGGCCGCCGCACAGAUACCUCCUUCCAUGAUUGAGUCGCUUUGCCAGGUUUCAAGAUUCGACGAUAAUGUUGUUGGGGAUCCGAUCCACUGUCGUGCUGUGUUUUGCGGUCUCUCCAUGAUUCUCUAUCAGACAGAUUCGAUAAAAAUAUUACCAGACCACAGACAUCGUGUCGUUCACGAGCACUUUUUAUACCGUAUCAACAGCUCCUGCGUCAAUGCUUUUUUUCAGCGGAUUUCCCAAUAUCAUCGGCACGCCAACAAAGCCUCGCGCUUUUCUUCUAUUAAGGGCAAGUGCGUUAUUCUGCGUGCAAAGGAGGGGUUACCGCUCUUUUUAGAGGAUCCGGCAACGGUGAUGUCGAGGAAGAUCGAAGCCGCGAAACUCGAGCGUAAUAAGCGCCUCCAAGCUCAUACGCAGUUAAAUUCCGAGAUGGGCGCAUGCCCAGCGGAGGACUUCAUUCCUUUGCAACUCCCUAAGCUCUCGAACGAUGUCGAAAGUUCUAUUUUUAAUAAACCAAACAGCUUACCACCUUAUGGGAGCUCUACUACAGGAGCGGAAUCCGAUCUGAAGGCCCACGAUGUUGAUAUGUGCCUAGGAGCUUCCCAUUCCAUCGGGAAGGAAGAUUCGAGUUGUGAUAGCAAACAGAGGACCCCCAAUUUGACUGACACUAAGGACAGCGUUCCCAUGUGGGAAUGGCGCUGCAUCGCCAUCAAAUUCCCCUCGCGAAGAGAAGCCGAGCGCUGGCUUAACCUCUUGCAAGGCUCGCCGCAGACGCAUGAGUGGGUGAACUACCUCAUGCAUCUCCCGAAGAUUGAUGUCUUGAACUCCCUGCUAGCGCGUCUCUUUUUCGAGAACACACGUACUUUAGGAUUGCACAACAUGCUUGCGGAAAAAAUAUCCAAGAAGCUCGAAAGCGUAUCCAAAAAGCUACCCGAGCACGUCAAGGGAUGUGUUACCCUCGACAACCUCGUUAUUGGGGGAGAGGUCCCACUAUUUAACAAUGUGAGUGUCGCGUCGUUAUCGUCGUGUGGCGAUCUGAGUAUUGACUUUGACGUUCUCUACCGCGGUGGGUUGAUUCUGAGCUUUCGCUUUUCCAUUACUUAUCGGGGUAUUCGGGUGCCAGACUUCAUUUUUCAUAUUAAGGUUUUGGAGUUGGCGGGGCGGGCGCGGUUAUGCGUGGGCCCGCCACCAACGCAGCUGUGUUGGAUCGGAACGUCGAUGCUGCCUCAACUGCGACUGCAGUUCACGCAGGAGGUCCCUUCCCACGAUGGCAUUUUGCACAUCCUCACGAAAAUCAUGCCCAAUAUGAAUCAGCUUGUAUCAGAUCUUGUGAAGGUGAAGCUUUUUGAGGAUAUGGUAUUACCCAAUAUGGAGGAAUACCCAUGGCCUACCUUGCAUGAUAGCUCGUCAUUGAAGCAAACUAGUAGUCAUGAUGACGUUAGCAAUAUCAUCAUGUGA